AAAACUGAAGCGUAUGAAUGAAGAGGAGAGGGAGGCAAGGAGAGCUGAAUUGACUCCCAAAUGUACACAGGUGGUCGAGCAAGAUACGGAAAUUUAUACGUAUUCUUGAUGUAAAACUUGUUCGGCUCUAUUUCCGAUUUGCUGGUCAGUCAUUUCAUCAACACGUGGUACAAAGCGAUCAAUUUACAAAAACAUACCCACUGAUCAAUAAUUAAUAAUACCAUUUGGCCUCUCUGCACAGAAUACCUCAUUAUCAAACUUAUCGUGGCCGGAAGCAUUUUUCAGGCGCCAAAAGCCAUUAUCGAUUGUUUUUUGCACGAGGGACGACAUUCUGGGAUUUACUUCGAAUCUUUGGAAGAGACAUGAAGACAAUGUAUCUUUGGUACCAGCUUUUAGUCGUUCUAUCAGCUCUGUCGUGUGUGAGGCUAGUUCUUGCUAAUGCAACUCAAGUCCUCAUGAGGAAUCGAACUUCAGACGAUCGGUGGGAAGACAUUAGAUGUUACUACUGCGAAAGUCGAGUCUCUUUUAAGGAGUGCGACGAGAGCAUGAAACUCGUGCAAUGUGAUGGAAAGUUUGGGUUUGACAGAUGCAUUAAGACAUACAUCAAGGCUUCCAAGUAUACACAAGAAACUUACCAGCGGGGUUGUCUUAGUGCAAGUGCAUGCGAGGCUCCUUCAUGCAAGGCUCGUGGCAAUGAUACCUGUGAGGUAUAUUGCUGUGAGGAAGAUUAUUGUAACAAAUCUACCACUCGGAUGGUCAGCGGUACCAUGCUAGUUAUAUUUUCAAUGCUUAAUGUUCUGAUGGAGCAAAUGUCUUAAGAAAACAUGUGACUUUUGUACAAUUAUGUCCUUUAUUGAGGGUUUAUAUUUGUUUCUUAGGAUAACUCUACGUAUAUGUUGCACGGCUGUGCGAAUCUGUGCGGUUACAUGAACACAGCGGUCAAACGUCGGGCAUGCGCAAGGGGAUCAAUUGUGACCGGCUGCACGCCAAUUUCCCGCGCAAAAUUUCAAAGGAAAACAUGAGGAAAAACAUCUUGACUCACUUUUUUGUGUAGUUGUUUGUAACUGGUUUGAGACGACUUGGUUCUAACAGCCUGAAAGUAAGGCCCCUAGCUAGUCAUUACAACUUUCGCACACGCGCAAACGUUUGACAACUGUGUUGGUGGUUAUAUGCCGCUCAGAGCGCUUUUAUUUAGCCCCUGUAAUCCCGGGAGGGAUAGAACCGGCUCUUUUGCUAGUUUUUGAUCCUCAAGUGUUUUUAGUCAGUGCAUCACAGAUCUCUGUCGUUAGUAAAACAUGUUUCCGCAAUGGAGGACUCUGUUGGAUUCUGCUCAAUCAGUGACAUUGUUCGCUCGAAUUCUACAAAGCGACUGGCAUUGCUUGCUACCUUCAGAAAACACCACACGAGAACAACAAAAAGAAAAAAACUUGUGCAGCCGAUUCCAACGGCCAUACUUUUCCAAUGAUCUGCAAAAUUAAAAUAGAAUUCUUAGCAGAAAAAUAAUCUAUCCUAGUCAUUAAAUUGCACCCUACCCCUGUC